AUGGCCUUCUCUGGUGCUCUGACGUUGACCGAUCUGAACGACUUCAUUACUCCUGCGCAAGCGUGCAUUAAGCCGGUCGAGCAGACGAACAAGGCGGAACCCAAGGACCCGGGAGCAGCGUCUACACAAAUUCAGGUGGACUCGAGCGGGUCGUACUAUGAGAUAUCUGCGAGCGGCGCAGGCUCGCAGCCGGCGGGGAAGAAGCUCGAGACGGCCCAGAUCAGCCUGAACGACUGUCUCGCCUGCAGCGGCUGCAUCACCUCCGCCGAGUCCGUCCUGAUCACCAUGCAGUCGCACACAGAGGUGCUGAACGCCCUGCGCGGCAACCCGGAGAAGGGCGCGCCGGCGCACCGCACCCCGGUGCUGUCCAUCGCCCCACAGAGCCUCGCGUCCCUCGCGGCCGCCGUGUCCUCCUCCAGCGCGCGCCCGGCCGACCCCGCGCGCGUGCUCCGGCGCGUGGCGGCGUUCUGCAGGGACGCGCUGGGG